AUGUUCAAUCACUUGUUGAUCGAAGACCCUCGCCUACGCGCUGCUGCAGAGCGAACAGUCAAUUGCUUCGAUAUCAACCAGAAGCUUGCGUUCGAUGCUUUGAAGGCCAUGAAUUACGGACUUCUGUUCAUACCCGGCUCACCAGGCUCAGGCAAGACGCACUGGGCUUUGGGAGUCUCGGCAUUGGCGCAAAUGGGAUCAGACAAGGUCCGCGUUCUCUUUUUGCAAGACGUCAACAAACCUGUCGAUGAGGCCUGUCAUCGCAUGCAUCUUCUGUACAAAACCUAUGGUAUGGAGAAAAGCAUAAUUCGCCUCUCGUCUUGGCCGAAGGAAUCCCGUCGAUCUCUAAGCGUCGAAAGUCUCAAACCUGGUUCGCGGAAUGAAAGAUUUCCUGAUUUCCACACAGGGUUCUUCGCACAGUUGCUACGCAGAACUGCUUCCAACGCCCAGGAAGAAACACACUCCAAAACAGCUCCAACCCUUGAUGAGGCUGCUUGGCUGCACUUCGUCAAAAACCGGAAUGAAUUUCCUAUCGCAUCAGCGGCAUUUGACCAGAUACGCCGGGAUAAACGAGACAUCCACCACAUGCCAGGAAUCGAUCUAGGAGCCUGUAACGAUGAGCUACGGCGGCUGUAUGAAAAGGUGAUUAGCAGUGCCGACUUCAUAGCCACCACGCCUGUUGCAGCAGCCCAGGAGUCGUUCGCUAGCAUGUUCUCCCCAGAUAUCAUAUUCAUGGAUGAAGCCGCCCACGCUACGGAGCUAUCUGCUUUGAUACCCCUGGCACUUUUCAAGUCCAAAGCCUGUAUUUUUCUUGGGGAAUGCCGUACCACGCGCCCUUGUGUCCGUCACCAACACCAGCACAGCGAGCAAAUGAAGUAUCCAACUCUCAGUCGGGCUAUGAUGCACAAGGAUGCUGCCGUACCUGAGUGGUUAACAAAUCAUCGCUCACACAACAAACUGCACACGCUGCAUUCGGCACUAUACUAUGACGGCAGUGUUGAAUCUAAUACAGGGCCACAAACUGGUCCUAUCUCAGAAUCAUCAGCAGAGAUGGUCAUUUACAUGAACAGGCUGCGAGGGGUCCCCUGUGAUAUCCCGAGACUGUUGAAAUGGUUCGAUUUUGCCGCCACCGAGCAGGCAAAUCACGCACAGAGUCCUUACAGCUCCGCGCACUCGAGAUAUGUGAUAGCACGCGUCAAGGAACUGCUUGAGGUAGACUGGUUCAAGUCGACUUCUGAUGAUAUUUCUCCCGGUUCAAUAUUGAUUGUGACCUCUGCUGUUGAAUCCCAAAGAAAGUAUGAAAAGAGGUUGAAGUCCUUUGAGCCAGAACACCGCGAACGGGUUCGGGUCAGAACAGUUGGCACUACUCAAGGCAUUGAAGCCGAUGUGGUUUUCAUCGAUAUCGCAAGAGCAAAUGAAUAUAUCAACGAUACAUCCCUUCUCAAUGUUGCGCUCUCUAGAGCAAGACAAGCUGAGUUCAUUUUAUUGGAGUACCCUGAAAGCAGUCUGUAUGGGGCAUGUCUGAAGCAGAUUUACGACUGGUGCUCGGCAAAUGGACAAAAGGCCGAGAGUGACAUGGAAUUCGAAAAACACGACGAGAUGACUUCAUCCGAUCUUCAGUUGGUUGAGAAUGUUGGUAUGAAUCUGAAAAUAUCAGGUUGGUAA